GAUGGAUGCUCUUGACGACGGAUUUUGUAUAAUAGGACAAGAUGAGCUGGAUGAAAUUAAAGAAGCUUUAUCCACACAAGAUAUGACAACAGCAGUUAGUAAAAUCAAGGAUGUUCUUGAGCAGCAAGAUCGUGUUGAGUUAAAUAUUGCUGUGACGGGAGAGUCUGGUUCUGGAAAGUCUACAUUUGUCAAUGCUUUUAGAGGUUUGGGAGAUGAAGAUGAGGGCUCUGCCAAAACCGGUCCGGUGGAGACCACCAUGAAACAAGAAGUCUACCAUCACCCAAAAUACGACAAUGUAAAAGUGUGGGAUCUCCCUGGAAUUGGAACACCAAACUUUAAAGCCGAUGAGUACCUUAAAGAUGUUCAGUUUGAACGCUAUGAUUUUUUCAUCAUCAUUGCUUCAGAUCGGUUCAAAGAAUGUCACGCCCAGCUGGCCAAACAGAUCAUGAGAAUGGGGAAGAUGUUUUACUUUGUCCGUUCUAAGAUUGACUCAAACAUUGAUGCUGAAAAGAGAAAGAAAAGCUUUGACCAUGAAAAAACACUAAACACCAUAUGGGCAGACUGUGAGAAAGAGUUGAGGAAGAUCGGUAUUGAGGCUCCUGUUGUGUUCUUGAUCUCUUGCUUUGAGCUUUGCAAGUAUGAUUUCAAUCUGCUGCAGAAGAGGAUGGAGAAAGACGUCUCCAAGCAUAAGAGACACGUGCUGAUGUUGGCUAUACCAAAUAUCACCCUGGAGAUUAAUGAGAGAAAGAAAAAAGCUCUAGAAAAAAGCAUUGUACAAGUAUCAAUGCUGUCUGCUUGUGUGGCUACAGUUCCUAUUCCCGGUCUUUCAUUUGCUAUGGAUUUAGCCAUCAUAAAAAAUGAAGUAGAAAAGUACUACAGUGCCUUUGGUCUGGAUGAUUCAUCCCUGCAGAUGCGCUGUGAAAAAUCUGGUAAGACCAUAGAGGAACUGAAGGAUGUGAUGAAGUCACCACUUCAUAAUGGGAUAAACUCACAUACAAUCUUAAGCUUGCUGGGUUCUACAUCACUUCAAAUAACAAAGAGAGCAGCUAAAUAUACCUUCAGUCUUAUACCUGUACUUGGCACAGUGAUAGCAGGAAGUAUGUCUUAUCGGAAUGUCUCAAGAAUGCUACAAAAAGCUUUAGACAUUAUAGCUGAAGAUGCAAAGAAUGUUAUGAUGGCUUCACUGGAGUCUGAAGUGUAA